AUUGGACUCACUUGCUUCAGUUUCCCCUCCCCUUGGCUUUUUUUUUCCCGUUCGUCGGCGUCAAAGUGAUUUCCGGAUCCCGGAUCUCGUUGAAUGGUCCCCGAGAAAAUUUAAUUAAACUACUUUAGUCAACCAGGGAGAGACAUUAAAAGGAUGAGCUUGUAUAUAAAUCUUAGGACUGUUGUGGUUACAAUAUUGUUCUACAGCUCUACACUGCUAACGUAUAUAACAUGUACAGAGACAAACCUCCAGCCGAACAUUGUAUUAAUUAUGGCUGAUGAUCUUGGCAUUGGGGACAUUGGCUGUUACGGAAAUAAUACUAUGAGAACUCCCAAUAUUGAUAAUCUGGCAAAGGAUGGUGUGAUGCUGACCCAUCAUAUAGCUGCAGCUCCACUGUGUACACCCAGCAGGGCAGCCUUUAUGACGGGCAGAUACCCUAUUCGCUCAGGUAUGGACAAUGGUUACAGCGUGCGCGUGCUUGUGUUCACUGGCAGCUCUGGGGGUCUUCCUGAGAAUGAGACGACCUUUGCAGCACUAUUGCAAAAACAAGGAUAUGCCACUGGCAUUAUAGGAAAAUGGCAUCUUGGAGUAAAUUGUGAAUCCCGCAAUGAUCAUUGUCAUCAUCCACUCAACCAUGGGUUUGAUUUCUUCUACGGAACACCUCUCACAAACAUCCAUGAUUGCAAGCCAGGAGAAGGAAGUGCCAUUUUAACUAACUUCCAAGGUCGACUACGCCUGAUCAAUAACACCCUGAUGGUGGGACUGUUGAUACUGUUUGUUAUGAAAUGGACUGGCUUUACCAAUCUUGGUUGGGGGAUAAUUGUAUGGCUCACAGUUUUAUGCUCCCUCUUCUUUGGGGCCUGGUACUGUGUUUUCGGUUUCAUGAGGGUCUGGAACUGCCUGAUCAUGAGGAACCAUGAUGUUGUUCAGCAGCCAUCAAAUGGAGAAACCCUGCCUACCAGAAUGGUUGAGGAAGCCCUGGCAUUUAUUGAAAGAAACCAGAGGAAACCAUUUCUCCUCCUUAUGUCAUUCCUACAUGUCCACACUCCUUUCUUUACAACCAAGGCAUUUAUUGGAAAGAGUAAACAUGGUGCUUAUGGAGACAAUGUGGAGGAAAUGGAUUGGCAUGUUGGCCAGAUUGUAAAUGCCAUCGAAAAGGCUGGUCUAGCAAAUAAAACCUUUAUAUAUUUCACCUCGGAUCAUGGAGGCAGCUUGGACUCAGUCGGAUCAAAUGGAGAGCACGACGGAGGCUGGAAUGGAAUAUACAGAGGUAAAAAGGGAUUUGCUGGUUGGGAAGGAGGUAUCCGUGUUCCUGGGAUAUUUAGGUGGCCAGGUCUAUUGCCUUCCAACGAGAAAAUUGAUGUACCUACCAGCCUUAUGGACAUUUAUCCAACUGUUGUCAGCUUAGCUGGUGCAUCACUGCCGCAGGAUAGGGUAAUAGAUGGACAAGACUUGAUGCCGUUGUUGAAGGGGGAUGUACAGCGUUCGGAACACGAGUUUCUCUUUCAUUACUGUGGAGCUGCUUUGAAUGCAGUACGAUGGCAUCCAAAAGGCAGUGACACUGUUUGGAAAGCUCAUUUUUUCACUCCUAAAUUGGAGGUUGGUCCUUGUUACCGGAGUGAAAUCUGUGGGUGUCACGGACAAUAUGUAAUCAAUCAUGACCCACCUUUACUCUUUGAACUCUCAAAGGACCCCUCAGAACUGAAUCCUUUAUCACCUGAUACAGAGCCACUUUUCCAUGAGAUCCAAAACCAGAUUCAGAUAGGGGUGGAAAAACAUCGAAAGACUUUGACUUCAGUCCCUUUCCAACUUGCUUGGAAUAAUGUUUUGUGGAAACCUUGGCUCCAGCCCUGCUGUGGUACAUUCCCAUUCUGUUGGUGUGAUAAAGACUCUAAUGUUUCAAUUACAAUGCGAGAUCCCAGCCAAUAGCAAUUCAGACUUAUUGUCUGUGCUACAUUGUUAUUUUGUUUUAGAAAUGGGGACUGUGACACUCUGAGUUGAUCUUUGCCUGGAAAAUACUAGAUGUCAUAUCCUUUUGUGUAGUCAAACAGCCUUUAAUCUCUAAAAUCUCCCUGCUUAAUCCUUCUAAAAGCCAUUCAUUACUCUUGAUUUUGGUAUGGAAAAGAAGGAAAGGGAUUCCUGACAACCAGGAACACAAGCAUUCUGCUGCAUGCACAUUCUACCUUAGAUCAUAUGUCCUUAAUGCCUUGUCAACUGAUGGUUUUCUGUAGUGCUUUAGUGCUCUAAUCAAUAGAGGUGAUUAGUUGAAUGUUACAAAUGACAUUUUUCCUUUAAUAUAGUUUGUGCUCAUCCUGGUUUUGACAUACUUUGUGUGGAGUUGAGAGAUAUUAGGUUAGGUUUCCAAUCCUUCAAUUAUAAAGUUUAAAAGUAUGUAUAGUAAAAUUUAGAUGUUACAUCUGCAUCCUCCAGUUUGUUGAAUUCUCCAUCACUUCAACAAAUGAGUGUUCAACAAAAAAAUAAAAAAAGUCAAUUUAUGGCCAGCAUUGAUGUUGACAAACAUGACAUUCAGCCAAGCCUAUGCAACUCUCAAACAUUUUGUCUCUGUUCUCCUCAAAUUAAAAUUGUUUAGUGAGGUAUUGUACUCUGUUUGAUUAUCUAUGUCAUUUGACAUUAGAGUGAGAUUUGCCCUGUUUACUGUCUUUGUAUUGAACUUAGAACUAGAUCUGUAAUCAAUGACACCUUAUUGCCUUUAAAAAUCAGAUUGAACUUUUUGAUCUGUGCCCACCACAUUGUAUUCAAUUGGUUUUGUGAUGAAGUUCAAACUAUUUUCCUGAAGGGAUGCUAACUGUAGUAGUAGAUAGAUCUUGAUCACCUAGAGCCAUACAGCACAGAAACAGACCAGGUCCAACCAGUCCAUGCCAACCAUGAUCCCAAAAUAAACCAGUCCCACCUGCCAACUCCUGGCCCAUAGCCCUCCAAAACUUUGCUAUUCAUUAACUUAUCCAAAUGUCUCUUAAACAUUGCAAUUGUACCCACAUCCACCACUUCCUCUGGAAGUUCAUUCCACACAUGAACCACCCUCUGUGUAAAAUAAAAGUUACCCUUUAUGUUUUAUUUUAAAUCUCUUUCUUCUCACCCUAAAAAUACAGGAAUGUGGAGUUGAAGGUAAAAUCAGAUCAGGUUGAUCUUAUUGAAUGGCAUAGCACGCUUGAAGGGCUGAGUGGCCUACUCUUACUCCUGGUUUGCACAUUUGUAUGUUCUUUUAAAUGUUGAUUUUGGGUUGGCAUAAUCUCUGUACCAUUUUCUGAUGUUUGGAUGAAUAGAGCACCCAUUCACAAUCCUGCUCACUUAAAAGUUGCAUUUGCCAGCUCUCGUUAGUGAGAAUUAAGGUGUUGAGGUAAAACGAGUACUUUCAAGCAAUUCUUACUACUUUUUGAUGGACUAGAAUUCACACGAGCCUGUGGACCCAAACUCCCCUUUUUCUGCCAUCCUUACCAUUGUCAGUUCCACUGAAAAUGCCUCCCCCAGCCUCUUUCUGAGAUGGUUGGAAUAGGAGGACCGUGAGAUGGUGCCAAGCAUGUGAUAGCAGCCGACAUGAGGAACGCUCAGUGCCUGCUAAUGGAACCUCCAUUUACAGAAAGAACAGAUGAAAUCUUGCUUUGGCAGAUAGGUUCUGCUAUUCUCAAAGAAUGUCGGGACAGGGAACAAAUUAUGUCCUAAUGAUACACAAUCACCUGAUUCAUCAGCAAGGUUGAAGUAUCUAUUUCGUAUAAAUUCAUCGGUAUGAAAAAAACAGCCAAUGCAUUCAGUUGAUCAAACCCAGGAAGAAUGCCAUCAGUGUGAAUUCCAAGGAUUACAAAUUUCAACUAUUGACAGCAAUUUUUAACACCAGAGAAAAAGGGCGCUGAUUGUUUGGCACUGGGACUGUGAUAUGUUGAUGUGUUUCCAUGGAGAAACAAAAGAGGCUCUCCAGGCUCCUGGGUAAUUGGAGAAAGUCUUUAGUUUGCAGGUGGUGUCAUUGUGACACAGGAGGAGGCCCAGGAUGGACAUGUCACCCAGGGAGUGAAGGGGGAGUUAAAAUAGUUGGUGACUGAAAGGCAUUGUUGUUUGUUGCAAACAGAGCACAGGUGUUCUACAAAGUGGAUCCUGAGUCCACGCUUGGUCUCACUGAUGUAGAGGAGGCCACAUCGGGAGCAGCAGAUGUGUUAGACCAUGUUGACAGUUCUUCAGGUUUACCCCUGUUUAAUGUGGAAGGUUUGUUUUGGGCCAUGAAUGGAGGUGAGGUGGGAGGUGUAGGGGCAGGUGUAGCACUUCCUGCGGUUGCAGGGGAAGGUGCUGGGGGUUGUGGGAUUAAUGGGGAGUGUGGAGCACACGAAGGAGUCAUGGAGAGAGCAGUUCUUACGGCAGAUAGGGGUGGGGAGGGAAAUAUCUCUGUGGUUGUGGAAUCGGAUUGUAGGUGGUGGAAGUGGUGGAGAAUGGCAUGUUGGUUGCAGAGGUUGGUGGGGUGGAAUGUGAGGACAAGGGGGAUUCUGUCUGUUUUUGUUGCGGGGAGGGGAUGUAAGGGCAGAUGUGCAAGAAAUGCAAGAGAUGCGGUUGAGGGCAUUAUCAAUCACCGGAGAGGGGUAAGUUACGGUCCUUGAAAUAGGAGGACAUCUGGGAUGUGCGGGAUUGGAAGGCCCCAUCUUGGGAGCUGACGCGGUGGAGGCAGAGGAAAUGGGAGCAGGGGAUCUCAUUCUUGCAGGUAGGUGGUUGAGAGGAGGUGUCGUCCAGGUAGCUGUUGGAGUCAGUGGGCUUGAAUUAGAUGUCAGUUCUGAGGCAGUCACCAGAGAUGGAGAUGGAGGUGGAGAGUUACGGGAAGGAGAGGGAGAUGGCCCACUUGUCUUCUAUAAGGUCUCCAUAUACUUGUAUUCUAUGGCCCUAUUAUUAGGGAUGGGCAAGAAGUGCUGGCCAACCAGUGACGCCCACAUCCCACAAAUGAAUACAAUAAAAAAGGUUAGGGUACGUCUAUGCUUUGUUAAAAUGAGCUGCCGCAUUCAAUGAUCUGUGAAAAUGUGUACACUGAGGGCCCUGUUCUUUCACACCACCUCUGGAAUUGUACACCCUAUUUUGUAUUGUACUUCAAUGUUCUGGCACCAAAAAUUAUCACCUCUCGUGCCUCUACAUUGAACUUCAUGACUUUUAUUUUUUCACUGCCCCACUUUGUCCUUUUGUACAGUUUAUAAUGCUUUAAAGUUUUGUCAUCACACACUGAUACUUAAGGCCAUAUAUAUCAGGAAAAACAAAAGUCCCACGCCAACACAAGAGAAACCCUGUGACAAGCUCUCAAAUUCUGCCUACAUUCCUGAGUCUAUGGAAUAGCCAGUGCCUACUCAAUUUCCAUUCCAGUUGUUCUUAGUAUCUUUGCGCACAUCUCAUCUAGUUUUGGUGUCUUAAUAACUUUAAGUAUUGACUGAUUCAGCCUUAUCAACAUUAAAGUUCUGAACUAUGUCUUUUUUCAGCAACAAAUUGGCCAACAUCUUCUUUGGCAAAUGCAGGUGUCAUGCAUUCUGUGUCAAUGCAUAAAUCCUCUUUAUGGUUCCCAGUUGGGAUCACUCGUCCCUUUUAUUUAUAUGUUUAGAGAAAACAGAGGGAUUCCUGUCUUUGUUAGCUCCCAGUCACUUCUGUAAUUUUGUUGUCCAGUUCUUCAGUUAGCGUGUCUGCUAAUGAUUUGCACUUUUGAUACUUAAAUACUGCUAAUUAUAUUUAUAAUCAUAAUAAACAAUGGUUAGUUUAAAAACAAAAAUUGCUGGAAAAGCUCAGCAGCAUCUGUGGAGAGAAAAAAGAGUUAACGUUUCAGGCCUUCCUCAGAACUGUUUCUGCUUUUGCUUCUGGAUUGCAGUUUUAAUUGUUGGUUUAAUUCUCUCUACCUUACUAAUUGGUGACUGAGAAGGACUGACAGAAAGCAGAUUUAUAUCUUAAUGUAUCCAAACUGAUGAAUGUAAGACAGGUUGACAAACCAAAUUUAUGCACCAGUAUCAUCAUCUGGUUGAUUAAAGUAAAGCCCCUAACAUUUUAUUUUUCGGAAAUUGAAUAGUGAAGCAGUUAAUAAUUUUUCCAGGGCCUUUGACGAAUAUUCUUGAAAGAGUAUUGAUUCCAGUGUUGUACCAUCAUCUAUUUGAGAAGGAAGACUGACAAUUCGAGUGUGUUUGCAAAUGUUACAUUCAUUACUGUAGUAAGUGUGUUCAGUGCAGUGCAAUCUCUGUGAGCAAAUGGAAACACAAAGUAAGACAAAACAGUUUGUUAAAGCACAUUCCAUAGCCCAGUGACAUUAUCUGACUGAUUGGGCUGGGGGGAGACAGCUUCUGGAAGAUUAGGUUUAGCUGGGAAGCAGAGGUAACCAGGCAGUGAUAAUUACGUCAGGAAGACAAGGAGAUGUUCUCACAGUUAUGAAUGGCCCUGGUACUGACUGGAAAGAUGAGCACUAUAAGUCAUCAUUCUGUUUAAAAUGAUGAUCGAACAAAACUGAGCAUGCUGAUGUAGACAUUUUUGACCACUUGGUGGUGCUAUCACGCAGUAUAUAAUCCCAUUGUGAAGUUUUUUUGCAGAUUUUAUUUAAGAAUGCGUCUUGCAUAUUGAAUUAAAAGAGACAUUUUCUUACUGUUUCGAAUCAGGAUAAAAUGCAAAGCAUUUGUACGCACAACACUUAACAAAAUUAAUAAA